AUGUCGGCAUCAGAAAACAUCGACGAGACGAUGAUCUCCUCCAAAAUAUCAGAACGAAUUGGACAACUGGAGAAUGAGCUUAGGGAACUCCGAUCUCAACAAACAAGUCAACUGGUCUGUCCACCAAGAACUGAUGCGGCGUAUGCUUCUCGAUCUCUUAGUCAAACGGGGAUAAUGAUAGACAAGGCAACUAUGACCGUUCCUUUGCUUUGGAAAGACAUUGACGACAUGCGGCAAGCGGCAAGACAUUUCCCUUGGUUUCCCAAGCUCCCAGCAGAGUUACGGCAAUUGAUCUGGAAAUUUGCUUUACCGUCAUCCAAGUUUAUCACCAUUCAUACAUCUACAGUACUUGAUGAAAAUGGCCAAAGGAAAAGAGAUGUAGAAACUUGGCACACUCUCCCACACAAGACUCCCGCAAUUUUUGACGCCUGCAAAGAGGGAAGACAUGUUUACAAAUUAACACACACGUUCACACGUUCUUGGAAGGUACUGAUGGAGAGAGGGGAGGUUGGGUGA